CCAUUCUCAUCCCCCUCCUCCUACAAUGGUAGUUGGGUUUCUUCUCCCAAGAAGGGUAGAUGAAAGAAUAAGGGGACCCAUAUCACCCCCCUAAACUACAACCAGCUCUCCAUACUUUUAAAUUACAUUGUCCUCUCUUCCCUUACCCCAAACAAAGAAGCUGCUCUCUCUCUCUCUCUCUCUCUCUCUCUCUCUCUUUCUCUUUCUCUCUCUCUAUUAGACUCAGAUACAAAUAAACAUGGCAGCAAAGAACGACCAACCCACAAAGAAGUUAGUGAACAGAGGAGCAUGGACGGCCGAAGAGGAUGGAAAGCUGGCUCAGUACAUUGAAAUCCAUGGUGCAAAGAAGUGGAAAUCAGUUGCAGUCAAAGCAGGUCUGAACAGGUGUGGCAAGAGUUGUAGGUUGAGAUGGUUGAAUUAUCUCAGACCCAACAUCAAGCGAGGAAAUAUCUCAGACCAAGAAGAGGAUUUGAUACUUAGACUGCAUAAACUCCUCGGGAACAGGUGGUCCUUGAUUGCUGGAAGACUACCUGGACGAACGGAUAACGAGAUCAAGAACUACUGGAAUUCUCAUUUGAGCAAGAAAAUAAACCAGCAGAAACCGAAACCAUGUGAAAGCUCAGCGGAGAAGCACGAACCCGAACCCCAGAAAACCUGGGAAAAUACAGAAGUGAGUGAAGAAAGUAAGAAGGAAGGUGGAGAGUCGGAGACUGGUUUUAAUGUGGACGACUUCUUCGACUUCUCAAGCGAAGAGUCUUUCGGUUUGGAGUGGAUGAACACAUUUCUUGAGCUUGACGAGGGCUUAUACUUCUCGUGAACCCAAAUAGUGUUUUUGGCUCAUGAACUGUGUGGAUUUGAUUUAUAUCCAACUUGUAAAAACUUAGUGUGAGUGAAUGAAUUGGUUCACUUUCUAUUUUGGUUUGGAACUAAAAAUUCCAUUUCUGGUGCUAAUAGAGUAAUGACUUCAUAGUUAUUGA